UAUCGCACGCGGCCGUUGUACUGUGAGCGCGUGUGUCUACAAUAAGCUUGUUUGAAGCAACACGUCGCGAUCGUAAUAAUUUACGCGAAAUUACAAAGUUACAAUUAAAUACAAUUAGUGAGUGAGAGUUUUGUGACGUUUGGGCACUCUUGUGGAACUGCAGUUAUGUGUAGCAAUUUUUAAGACAAUUUCGGCGGACGGAAAAACGUCGAAGGAGUUGCGAAGCGCAUUCGUGUAAAAUUUGUCUGCUUGGAGGAUGGUCAAAUUUUGACUAUCGGUUGCUGAGCUAAAAUGGCUUACUACCGCUGCGGUCCAACGGCGAUCGGCAGCCGGGCGUCCUGGUCGGUGACGUCGCCCACGGUGGAGCCCAAGAGCUUCGACAGACCGCUCAGCGGCAACUACGAUAGGAUCUUCAACGCCUUCGAGAGGACCAAUGCCUUCGAGUACGUCCGGAGCACCUUCGAGGGCAAGCAGGAGGAGCGGCACGUGGGCCACGGCGACAUCGUAGUCAACAGGAAGAUGAGCAGCAGCUUCGAGCGGGCGGACUGCGCCCUGGCCGCCCAGACCCCGUGCUCCGACGAGGAGGACUUCUACAGGGAGAAGAUACUGUACUCGCAGGCGAGACAGCUGUUCCCCCUGCAGGAAGACUUGGCGGACUGGAUCAACAAAACUAUAGGUAUAACAUACUUGACUGGCGAGAACUUUCUGGAUGCGCUGGACAAUGGCGCGGAACUGUGUCAGCUGGCCGCCGUCAUCCACGAGCGAGCGCGGGAGUCCCUCGACCAGGGUCUCAUUGUUGGGCCGGUCCCAGCGAUCCGCGGCCGCUGCUGGCAGCGCGCUGCCCGGCGCAGUUUCUUCUCACGAGAUAACGCCGAGAAUUUCAUCACAUUCUGCCGCGAGCUGGGCGUACAUGAGAACCUUUUGUUCGAGAGCGAUGAUUUGGUGCUGCACAACCAGCCGCGGCAGGUGAUUCUCUGUCUGCUGGAGGUGGCGCGGCUGGCGACGCGGUUCGCGGUGGAGCCGCCCGGCCUCGUGCAGCUGGAGAAGGAGAUAGCCCUGGAGGAGCGGGACUCCGGCCUCGACUCCGCCAUGUCCGGCGCCUGGCAGUUCCGGGACACCUCGCCGGUGCCUAACGACAAGUCCGCCAUUGAAGAGCCACCUUAUUCGCCUGACUCUAACGAGACGGAGGAGUGUGUUCCGGACAACGUGGACGCGGAGAGCACCAAGUCCGGGGGAACUGAGAACAGCUCCGACAACGAGGUCCCGCUCCGACCGACCAACGAGCUCGACAAGAGGGUGCAACUGGUGACGCGUCUGAUGCAGCGCGGCUGCAACUGCGGCGCGGGCCGCUGCUCUAAGUCGCUCAAGGUCAAGAAGGUGGGCGAGGGCCGCUACAACAUCGCCGGCAGAAACGUCUUCAUCAGGCUGCUGAAGGGUCGUCACAUGAUGGUGCGCGUGGGAGGCGGCUGGGACACGCUGGAGCACUUCCUGUCGCGGCACGAGCCCUGCCAGGUGCGGCUGGUGGCGCCGGGCGUGCGCGCUGCGCCCCGACCCGCCCCGCCCCCGCCCCGCGCGCGCCAGCUCUCCGCCUCCAGCAGCCGCUCCUCCCUGCGCGACCCCUCCCCGCACUCCCCGCCCUCCCCAAGCACGCCGCCGCGCACCUCCCCCGCGCCUCGCACGCCGCCCGCCUCGCCCGCCACCCGCGCCGCCUCCUCCGGCACGGCCUCGCCCGCCAGCAGCAAGUCCUCCCUCGGAAAAAUAUCCCCCGUCGACCCCAAAAUGGGCGCGAGUCCCGCCAAGACGUCCCCGCCGGAGGCGCGGCGCACGUCCACGCCCGGCAGGCCGCGGCCCGCCAUGACGCUGCCGCUGGGCGGCGCCGACCGCACGCCGCGCCGCCGGCAGCCCGCCCCCGCCAGCCACAGCACGCCCAACACGCCCACCGCCCGCGCCGCCCGCACCCCGCCCCUCGAGCUUCGCAAGUCCCUCACCAGCGCGCACCUCAACGCACCCAAAAAGUCGCGCAGCAUGAGCCUCGCCCUCGCGCAGGACGAUCGCCGGCCGUUCUGCGGCACCGACCGCCUCAACCAGGCCAAGAAGAACCGGGGCCCGACCGCUCCCAACUCGGACGCCGGCGUCGGCCGCAAGAACCGCAGCCAGAGCCUCGCCUCGACGCCCGUCAACGAGCCCAAGCGGCCGUUCGCGAGCGCCGGUCCCGUGAAGAAGACGCGCAGCAUGAGCCUGGCGACGGCGUACGACGUGUCCAAGCCGCUCAUCAAGAGCUCGUCGGUGGGCGGCGUGAUCACGCAGGCCGCCAUAGAGGAGAGCAUCCGGCUGUCGCUGGAGGCCAGCAUCGCGGACGAGACCGCCAAGAAACCCUUCCUCCACAUCAAGGCCAAGUACCGGAGUCCGCCGCCGCGGGAGGUGCCGCCCAGAUAACUCCGCGACCGCCACUCAUUCCAUUAAUUUAUAAUCAUACCUCCGGACGCUUAUUACUCCCCGCAUCGAGCACUGUACUAAGUGACCGCUUAACUUGUUCCACAGGUGCGGGUAUUAGGUAUUUUAGUAAGUUUAAAUCGAGUAUUUAAGAUUUUUAUUAUACCUACUACGUAUAUUAAUCAUCAUUUAAUAUAUUAUACACAUGGCCCAGGAACACAAAAUACCAAUAAUUCCUUGGCGGGAAACGAACCUCCGACCUGCUUACGAUAUAGCAAAGAGGUCAUAAUAUUAUUACAUAAUAUAACUUUUAAGAGUUGACGUACGUACGCAGGGGUAGGCGGUGGGCGCGGCCAGCACCCUGCAUCAUCACUAUACAAAGUGCAAUUAGUUUGUGUAUUUUGCGCUGGUUCGAUAUAUCAUGUAAGCGUAGAUCUCUUAAGCAAUCUCAUAUUUAUCGUUUUAUACUAAGUAGGUGAUAACACGUUCGUUGAUACUCCGGCACCGGAACGCUAGUCAUAAUGAAUUUGUUUCACGAUCGAAGAAAAUUGUAACUAAGUAUUUUGAUGUAAUUAAUUUAAUUUCAAUAUAU